UUGGUAUCAGCCCAGUUUCACAAAAAAAAAUUAAAAGACAUAAUGGAGCCUGUUGUUAAUGUCAUCAUUAUAUUAGGUGCCUGUGGUGUUUUCGUGUUGACUGUCAUAUGCUGUGUCUCCCAUAGGAAGAAAGAGCCUUUGUCUCAGCCGCGGGAUUUGGAAAAAGGUUUAGCGGGAAUAAAAGAUGGAGGACUUGUUGUUUUGACAGGAACAGCUGUUGUAGGUGCGGCUGUAACCACAGCACGUUCUGGCGGUUGCGGCGGUGGAGGAGAUGGUGGCGGUUGUGAAGGUGAUGCUGGUGGAGGAGAUGGUGGUGGAGGAGAUGGUGGCGGUUGUGGAGGUUGUGGCGGCUGUGGAGGUUAGUUUGUGGGUGUGAAAUUAUCUCUUUAUUAACUUUGCAUAUAAUGUAAGAUUUAAACUUUUUUGAGGUUGGAAAUUGUAUCAUAAGGUCAAGAAAUGAUCGUGUAAAUA